GAUUCAAAUCACGUCUACGUUGAACCCAAUUGUCAUCUCAGGGACGCACGAAGGCCCACCAAGGAGGUGUUGGUAGCCUGACGGCUUCCUUCCUCUAUCCAGCCCUUUUACAUGGCGAGCUGCAGGAAUGAAAUGCAGCAGGGAACAGACACACGCCGUUUCCAGCGCACCGACGAUGAGGAAGGCUGCAAUUUAUGGGAGGACGACGACGCCAGUGACCUUUAUGACGCUGAUCCAUUUUCAGGAGACCACCCGAAGCUCAAGCCCAAGUUCUCUCGUGAAUGCUAUGAGGCACACGCAGAGAGCGUGGCCAUGCAACUGAGCGAAAUUCCGUGGACUCCUCGGUUCUGGAGGUCUACCUACCCGGAAGAGGAGGAGCUGUCGGAGCUGGAGCUGCUCAAGUGGCGGGUGGAGAUCACAAGGCUGUACCGGCCCACAGGCACAGGCGGCCCCUGCCCAGCCGACGAUUACUUCUCGAAUUCUCUGCGCUAUGCUACUGAGGAACUUGCGUUCUUCCAUUGCCUGAUGGAAGUAACCAGCCGCAAGCCCGGAGCUUUCAUCGGUGCCAACCUGGGCAGCGAGGUUGCCCGCCUAAGCGAGGAAGCUGCCAGGAAACAGCGCCGGCCAGGAGUAUUCAACCGGCUCAUCAAGGCUUGCAAGUUGCCCAGAGCUCAGAGGGCCUCGUAGUCAGCUUUGCCAAGAUUACAGGACGGGACUGCGGCCGUCACGUUCAUUGCAGGGCCAUGCACAGCCAGCAGCCGCCAGCUGUGUCUCGUGCUUGGAUUGUUUUGUAGAGCUGGACAUGCAGAGCUGUCCAGAUGUAGAUGUAUGCCUGUGUUUUUUCCUGAGGUAAAAUGCAGGCCACCUGUGUGGUCUGCCUCUGUUUAUACCGUGGCUUACAAUCUGUUUGCUGCCCUGGGCUAUCCCCUAGAAUGUCGGUUGCUCUGUCAACUGCAGAGGUUCAUUCAUCUCCUACAGGCCUGCGCCUUGCAGAUUGACCCUGGGCCAUAGCUUGUACUCCCGUGAAGGCCUGUUUCAGAUGGGCCAGGCAAUUUUCUGCACCCUCCUUAGCGCGCUGGCUCUGAAAGGUCUCUUGUCAACUUGCUGCAGCGGGUCUUGGCAGCAGCGUACCAGGCAUUAGAUAGGGGUAGUUGCCAGGGUGAUGCAUGCCAUUGUUUGACUUGUAAAUAAGGGCAGUCAUCUGGGAUUGACAGUGCAAAGAGCUAGCCUGGGCCUUAGCUUUACAGCUCUGGACCGCUCGAGUGUUUGCUGCUGUGCUUACCAUAUUUGGCUCAAUUGUGUGCAGCUUCGUUUCUGCUCCUCCUAGUACCUUCUACAGCAUGCAUUGCCGGCAAGAUGCGGCAGGAAGUAGAGGAGAGGCACCUGUGGAUGCCCAGGCUUUUUUUGCUUGCAUGCAGAUGCUAUGCUGAACACACAAUCAUUGUGAAUCCUUUACCAAAUUCAGUCUUGGGCGGGUCAAGUUUGUGGUAGGAAGUCUGUGCCAGCCCAAUUGGCCAUGCCCAUGCAUAUGAGAAACGUUGAAGGAGCUUAACAUCCAUGAUUGCCCGGUCGUACCUUCCAGCAGUCACAACUCCGCCUUGAAAGUGGCUCAGCACAGCCAGCAAUCCUUCUGCAAUAAGGUGCUGUGCGCUGUAUUUGUUUGUCCAGGAACGUAUCACGAUAUCAUAUAGGCCUAGGCCCUAGGGUCCACACGUGUGCGCUGUGCUGCUACUGUAAUCGCAUUCAGUACGC